CGCGCAUUUAGCGAUUGCAGUCAAGUAGUUUGGAUGAGACAGCAACCGUUUUGAUUUGAUCAUGGACAAGCAGUUUUCCACACCGCCUCUCUACACCAAGAGUUUGAGUCGACAACGGACACAGCAAUUAUGGAGGAUGCUAACAGUCAAGCGAAAGAAUAGGACAAAAGUGUCCUCAGGAAAAGCUGCAUCUAUAACUCUGCUGUGUCUCUGUCUGCUUGCUAGCAUUCUGAUUUUAAUAACACGUAAACGGGAGUCAUAUGUAUACAAGCAUGCUGCAGUUGCUUCAGAUAACGCACAGUGUUCUAGGAUAGGCAAAGAUAUAUUGAAAAAUGGAGGGAAUGCUGUGGAUGCGGCAGUUGCAACAAUGUUAUGUGUAGGCCUACACAAUGCUCAUAGUACCGGAAUUGGCGGUGGCAGUUUUAUGAUAAUUAAAGAUCCUACUAAAGAAAAACAGAUAUUUGCGUAUGACUUCCGCGAAGAAGCACCCGGCUUGGCCAACGAGAAUAUGUUUGUCAACGAUACAAGGCGCAGAUCGAUAUUUGGUGGACGAGCUAUUGCUGUUCCUGGUGAAGUGAAGGGUUACUGGGCUGUUCAUCAGAAUCACGGUAGGAUACCGUGGAAGGAUCUAUUUACUCCAAGCAUCAAAUUGGCGCUUAGUGGGUUCGUCGUUAGUAAAGAACUCGCAAAAUUUAUACUGGCCAAAAAGGACAUAAUAAAAAAUGAUUCUAGCUUAAGUGAAGUCUUCGUAAGUCCCGACAAAGAAAUCCUCAAGGAGGGGAAUAUAAUGACCAGGCUGAAGUUAGCACGAACUUACAGGAGGAUCGCAACAGGCGGAGAAAGGGAGUUCUACGAAGGAGACCUAGCAACAGAUAUUUUGAAAGACAUUCAAGAUAGAGACGGAAUUAUCACAGCUAAGGAUCUGAAAAACUACUCGUGUAAGGAAAGGAACGCAACAUCUAUCAUCAUAGCGGCUGGAGAGAAGACACUUCAAAUGUUUUCUCUCCCACCGCCAGCAAGUGGCGUGGUACUUUCUUUAAUACUGAACAUCCUUGAAGAAUAUCAUUUUGAUGUAGAUAGUUAUGAAAAGGAUACUGUGAAUACGUAUCAUCGUAUCUUAGAGGCAUUCAAAUUUGCGUACGCCAAACGGUCAUGCUUAGGUGAUCAGGAUUAUGUUGACGUUAAAGAGCUCGUCAAAAAGAUGACGUCAAAAAAAUAUGCUAAAGAGUUCCAACAAAAGAUAUCAGAAUAUACGCAUAAUAUUUCACAUUAUGGACACUUCUUUGGAAAUGCAGAGGAUUAUGGAACAUCCCACCUGUCAGUUGUCGACGAAGAUGGAAUGGCAGUUGCCAUGACAAGUACGAUCAACACAAUAUUUGGAUCUAAAGUUCGAGGGACACGAACAGGCAUAAUAUUCAACAACCAAAUGGAUGAUUUUAGUACAGCCGCUACAGUCAACUCAUUCCGUGUUCCCGCGUCACACUCAAACUUCAUCAAGCCUGGAAAACGACCAAUGUCCUCCAUGUGCCCUUCGAUAUUUGUCGAUGAAUCGAAUAAAGUGCAUUUGGUAAUUGGUGCAUCGGGAGGUACCAGGAUAACAACGGGAACCGCCUUAGCAAUCAUCAACACAUUGUGGUUUGGAAAAGACAUAGAACAUGCAAUCAAGGAACCAAGAAUCCAUCACCAACUCUACCCACAUCAUAUUCUAUAUGAAAAUGAUUUUAAUCAGGUAAGAAGGUGGUAUUAA